AUGCCCUUAGUGUCAGAAUACCAAGCAGAUGAGCAGCAGACGGGGCCGGUUGCAUUCGUGCAUGGGCUAGAGGCAUCAAGUGAUGACGGCAUUGUGCCGGAUGAACCGCGUCCUGCACAGACCUUUCGGGCCCUCACAACCAGGGAAGACAAUGCGCACCUCCCCGACUCACCAGCCUUCAGUUCCUGA